AUGAAUUAAGUCAAUAUGGAUAAAUUACUUUAUCCAAUAAUGAUGUCAAUACGUAGUCUCAGAACCUAUUUCAAAUAAGAAGAUGAUAAUAAUCGCAUAAUCCUAGUAUUGAUUCCUAAUUGAUUAAGGAUUGCCAAAAUAAGGUGGAAGCAUUUGUGCUUUCCAUAAUGCAUUUCCUUCUUGAUUUAAUAGUUAACGGUUCAGAUCAUACAUCAAUAUCUUUCAAUAAAAAUGCACAAUAAUUAUAAAGAGAAUUAAGAAACAAACUUGAUUGUAUUCAAGACUUUGUAUAAAGCAAAGAUGUAGCAAAUUUAAAAAAGAAUAUUUUGAAAUUUUAUGACUUUAAAGAAGGCUUUAGUGAAUCAGAGAGUGAAGAUGAUGGAGUUAGUCUUUAAAUCAAAUUGGUAUGAGCUAGGUCCACUUAUAAGGCAGACGGGUAAGAUGAAAGAGUUUAACCCUGAAAUACAGUCACUUCGUAUUGAAUUAGACCAAAAAGAGUAAACCAUAGAAGCAUUGAAAUAGAAACUGAAGUAUCGUUAGAGCAGUAUGGAAUAAAUGGCACAUAAUCAUCAUAAAGAAGUUUCUGUUCUCAAAGCACAUUUUGUAUUAAAUCCAUAACCAGAAGAUCCAUAAUCUAUUUUUGAUAUUAAGUAUUUUGAUUCAACAUAAAUGCUUGAUCCAGAAAUAGUUGCUUUAAUGAAUGAAAAGAUUAAUGAUAUUAAAAAUCAAUAUGAGCGUUAUGUAAAAUAAUUUAUGGAUAAAUUUUAAAAACAGAGAGUUCAAAAUAAUAUUGAAGAAAACAUUAAGUAACCAUCAUUGUAAGAUUUUACAUCAAAAGAUCUACUAAAGAUUGCUCUUGAUAAAGAGAAUAAUCCUUAUAUUUUCUUUAAGAAUAUAUAAGAUCUUAAAUCUAUAAAUUAUAUUUUAAAUGUUUUGAGUAAUUAAUAAAAUUAAUAUGGUAUUGACUAUGAUAAAAUUAAUAAAGCUUUUAAAACAAAAGAAGAAGAUUUAAAAAAAAUAAUAGACACUAGAAUUAUGAUGGAAGAUUGUUAAGCAUAAAUAAAUGCAAUAUAUCUUGUUGAUUUAGAGAAAAAGUAAGAAGAAAUAUAAGAGUUAAAUUAAAUGAUUACUUAAUAAGAUAUUGAAUAUAAGUAAUAAUUGAAAUUAAUUGACGAUUUAAUUUAAAAUAAUAAUGAAAAUUCUAAAUAAAUGAUUCUAAAUUAAUAAUAAAAGAUUGAUCAUAUGAGAUCUGAAAAUCAUAAUCUUUCAACUAUGUUGUUAAAUUAAAAAUAACAUUCAUAAUAAUUGAAAUAACAAAAUUAAUUUUUGAUGAAUAACUUAAAACAUAUAUUAAAUAUUUUACUUAAGAAAUAAAGUUAAAGUAUUUAAGGAUUAGAUAAAUAUGAUUUAAUAAAAGAGAAAUCUGCUCCAAUUAAAGAUAUUCUUAGUAAAUUAAAUAAUUUAGAAGGGUAUGAUCUUGUUACUUUAAUUUAAGAAGUUAGAUUUAUUUUAUAUUAAAUUGAAUCUGUUAAAGUUGUAAAUUAAAUUUUAGGAAGAGGUAAACUUAAUAAAUAAACUUAAACUAUUAAUUAUAAUUAAGAAUUAAUUGAAUAUAAAGAAGAGAAAAAAACUAAAGAUAAAAAAGAAUAAAAAAUAGUUCUGAAACAUUUAGAAGAAAUUAAAUAAGAAACUAUUAAAAAAAAUAAAUUAAAGAUUGCUUCUACUUAAACUGAUAUUAUGAAUGAAUUUAAUUCUACUUAAUAUCAUGAAAAUAUUUAAGAUUAAAAAACUAUUAUAUCAUAAAGUGAAAAAUGUGGAACUGUUUCAUUAAAUAUGUUAUUGAAAUAAUUACAAUGUUCAAUAGAAUAAAAACCAAAUAGCAUUAGAGAUUUGACUCCUGAACCUUCAAUAGAAAAGCAUAAUUCAGUUUUUGAUAAAUUAUAUAUUCAAUAGAAAUAAGAAAAUCCUAGAUGGCAUUAAUUGAAACCAUUAAUUGAAAAACUUACAGAAGAAGAAUUCAAUGAAGUUAUCAAUACUUUAGGAAUAUAUUCAUCUAGACAAUAAUAAUAAUAAACAUAGAAUACAACUAUGGAAAUACCAUUAUAUGAUAUAAGUAGAGUAUAAUAAUCUAUGAUUUAAAAAAGUUCAUAUAAAAAAAGAAGAGAUUCAAGUGUUGAUUAAACUAGAAAGUAUAUUUUAUUAAUUUAUUAAAGUGUAUUUAUUGAAUUAGAUGAACAAAGAGAAAAUGCAUUAAAAUUGUUUGAAUAAUAGAGGAUUGAUAAUUAUAGAAGAAGAAUUAAAAGAUUAGUACCUGUUUAACCUAGUUAAUGUUUAUAAGUUGAAGAAAAGUUAAGACCAAAAAGUUAAAUUAGAAGUACUUAGUAAAAGCCUGGUUACUGA